AUGACAACCAAGUUCCAACCACUGGACGGCUUCGUCCACCUUACCGACACAACAUCAAUAUCUCGACCACAACCGAACAGCAAAGACACGAAAUCAAUAACAGAACAUGCAUGUCGAACGAUCAUCAUCUGCGCCUGGUUCCGCGCUCAGUCAAAACACAUCGCCAAGUACACAACCCACUACUGCCAAAGGUACCCAGACGCGCAGAUACUCCUUCUCGAAUGCGUAUACCAGGAUAUGCUGACCACGCCUUACGCCACACAACAAUCACGAUUGCAACCUGCUAUUGAGAUUCUGCAAGCUGCGCAGAGAGCUGGCCAUGCCAUAUUUCUCCACAGCUUUUCGAAUGGUGGAAGUCAUACAGCCGUCCAACUCGCGGCAGCUUGGAAACAAAAGAAAGCAUCUCCACUUCCAAUCUUAGCGAUGGCAUUGGAUAGUUCACCUGGGUCGCCGUCACUUACACUAGCAGCAGCAGCCAUCAUCUUUUCCUUCCCAAAGAGUGCAAGAUGGUGGGUCACUGUCAUUGUCUGGACCAUCGUCGUUCCCAUCAUAAGCUUCCCAGCCUUACUAGGAAGUGACAAUGUCGUGCACAAGCUUCGCAAGGAACUCGUUGAUCCGGACCUGUUUUCGGUCGACGCGCCAAGGGUGUACUUGUAUUCCAAGGUGGACGAGAUGGUCCCGCAUGCAAGCGUUGAGGAGCAUGUGGCGCUUGCUAGGCGGGCGGGAUAUGGCGUAAAAACCGUUUUGUUCGAGAAGUCAGCACAUGUGGCGCACGUUAAUGAGGAUAGGGACAAGUAUUGGGCAGCUGUCGAGUCAGUCAUGUCAGGGAGUCGACAGCGGAAUGGGCGUGUGGGGAGGAGCUGA